CGCAUUUGCGGCGAAAGGGCUGAGGAUUUUUACGCGGUUGUUUGUGUUUAUAUGCCAAAUUAUGAGUGGAUUACUGGAUUGUUCGAUUGUAGAUUAGUGGGCAGGCGAUUUUUGUGUUUAUAUUGGUUAAGUGAGGGAACGUCACCUCGACAGAAAAGUGGACCCUCCCGGUAGCGUAGUUCAGCUGAUUCGAAAUAGUGAGUCCCGAUUGAAUAGUAGUACGGCGGUUGCUUUUGAGAAAGGUCGGUGGAUUUCUUCUUUCCCGUGCCAUGGUUAUCUAUUCCUGGAUGGAAUUCUGACUUUUCGGACUCGCCGAUUAUGAAACUGGCCAUCGAUUCGUGAUAAUUUUCAGUGUAACCGGCAAUUGUAAAGCUUCAAAGUGGCAACCGACGCGGAUUCCACAACUCGGAAACGAAAUAUGCUCAAAUUCCUCACACACAAACUGAAAACCCAUUCGAUCAACGAGGAAAAUCAAGCAGUCAAGGCGGAUGAGAACCACGAUUCCGGAACAGAGUCAGAUGAGGAAAUCGACGCUCCAGAUUUGAGACCAGUUCCAGACCGGGUGAGCAUUUCACCGGCAGAUACAGGAUGUUCGCUGGAAAGUCCCCGUCCCGACCAACAAGACGCCCAUAGUUCCGAGGAAGAACUGGAGGUGAUCAACAGCAACCGCAGGAUCGAAAGUACACCCAGACCUUUGAGGACGGCAUCAGUCUGCUUAGCGGAAAAACGAAAGUGGUCACAGGUGGGGGAUGUACAAAGUCGAAGCAGAUACUCCCCCGAAAACGAAGAAAACAUGUCACACUUCGGCAACCUGAGCCCGCAGUCGUCUUGUUCUCCAAACUUAAAAUGUUGCGGCGAAGAUGGAGUUCACAUCGACCAUUCCGGUUCAUCCGAUGAUGAGGUUCAUCAUCUUCUGAACCCCCGAGCAACUCCCGUGCAAUUCAGCACCUCUCCGCCCCUGGAAGCGGUCAAACCUGAGAGGAGAUCAGUUGUAAACAAAGGACGUACGACGAGCCCGCCGACCAAAAUCCUCCACUACGAGAUGUCCCCCAGAAAACGAACUAGGCAUAUGAGGCAUGCGCAUAUUCAGAGGCCAUAUCUAGAUUUUGAAAAAAUGCAACAGUUGAAGACCAGAUCGGUGACGGCUUGGAGACACUCCGGUGAUCACGCGGGCGAGCUGUCGGUUUUCUGCUGGUGAGACGAGUUGAAGGGGCGUUCUCCGUCGCCCUGUACCCUGUCGAAAACCCCUCUGUCGGGCAGCCUGCCAUCCCUGUGGCCCGACGACCAACCUUCGUCGUCGUCGGCGGAUCCAUUUUGAGCUAACCUAAAAUUCACUAAAAAAAACUAUCGGAAGUGGACGCAAACGGUGGUAGUUUUAAAUGUAAUCACCUCGAGUUCAACCAUGAAUGUUUGAUGACGGACCAUAUAGUUUUUAUAUAGAUGCUUUUACGACUUGGGAACCAAUGCAAUGGCAUAUUCUAAGAUUUAUCAACUGGUAAUGACGGAACCAAAAAUAAUAGAAAUUUAUAUUUCUCUAUCUAUUACCAAAUAAAUAUACCAAUUAUCGAAACUGUU